AUGGCAUCAACAUCGUCUCUCGGCAGCGCAUCUCUCAUCCACGCAUCUUCCGCACAAGCUUUCUACACCCACUUCUCCGCCGACACCACCACUCUGCUCGAUCAACUCGGCUCAGUUUCGGAUGGGCAAGGGUUGCAAGGUGCGCUACAAUCGUACGCACGUUUGGGUGCGCAGUUGACCGCAGCGGUGGACAGCGGAGUGUUGCCUGCGCACGAUCAAGCGUUGCAUAGGCGAAGGUUGCGCGAGCUGGCCGUGUUGUUGGAGGACACGAGACCAAGGAUCCUCCUCGACGGUCCACCGGAAGGGCAGGCAGCGGGAGGAAACAAGAAGCGAGGCUUUGCUUUUAAGCGCACACAACAACCAAAGGCUGCAACGCCAGCAGUGGUCGAGACAACACAGUCAAAGCGACAACAACCAACACCCAUACAACCCUCCCCAACAUCGAACCACAUCACCAUUACCGCACUCGACAACACUUGCUACACCUGUUCGGAGCAAAGCGAAAGCAAACCAUUAUCGCUCGACUUGCACCACAUCUCGAACUCGCUCGUAGACCUCCGCUCGUCCACAAGCCAGCACACAGUGCUAUCGGCACAGUUAGGAAGCAUCACCAACUCAAUACUGCUCCUACCACCCAUAGAGGGGAGUUUGAUGAUCCACAACCUCACCAACUCGCUACUGUCGAUCCCCUCGUGCCAUCAGUUUAGAAUGCAUGCUUCCAACACGGUCCUGGUGGAAUUGAGUACCAAGCGGGGCAGUGUGCUGACCUUGGAAGCGUGUAGUGGCGUAAAGUUUCUCCAUACUGGCCCGAUGGCAGGAGCAGAGGCGGAGGGCUUGAGGGUGCAGGAUUUCGAUGAUUUGAUCCAUACUUGCCAGUUGAAGCACCACUUGACCGAGCAGAAGGGCGUGGAGGGAGGGAGAAAGCGCAACUUUCAAGUGGUCAAGGCGGCAGAGGCGGGCAAGGGGAUGGCGGACAAGGUGGAUCACUUGCUCCGUUUGGGCAGUUCCGUCAAACAGUGCUUGGAGAAGAUGAUCGACAUACCCAACACAUAG